CGGAAAUGCGUCACCGGCAGAUGUAGAUUGUUGAUUGUUCUCUUGCCGAAGCCUUGUCCACCAUUUUGUGCAGGAGGCUGUUUUUAUUUGUAUCUUGAGUUUAUUCCAUUUGCGGCAUUGUUGAGAUGCCUCAUUUAAAAUGUACACGAAGUUCCGAUUGGAGCAGUGGAGAAAGUUGGGACCACCGUGACUAUUACAGUAGUCAUAAGCGCAGAAAACGAUCACACAGCAGUGAAAGGGAAAAUAGACGGCGCAAGCGCCAUCGUCCUUCGGACAACCAUUACUUGGAAACAAAAUCUGUUAAUGAGCACAUGGAUUACCAUGACGGAAAGCAUGAAUACAGAGAUGGGUACAAAAUGGAAUAUAGGAAUGGCUGUCACAACAGAGAAUGCCGACAUCAGCGCUACUGCUAUAGUCAUCAAAAUUACAGCAAGUCAGGCAAACCUGAUAGUGGAAGGAAUGAAAAAAGUAGCCGGGAAAGACAUAGGCCUAAAAAACAUCACUCUGGUUCAAGUAAUCAUUCAAACUCGAAGAGUCACCGCCAGAGGAGAACCAAGAAUGUUGAGGAUGAUGAGGAGGGUCAUCUGGUAUAUCACACUGGAGACAAACUGAAAGCAAGAUAUGAAAUAAUCUGUAAUCUAGGUGAAGGAGCUUUUGGAAAAGUUGUCGAAUGUUUUGAUUUGAAAAAAGGAGUGUAUGUUGCAUUGAAGAUCAUAAAGAACAUUGCUCGAUACCGUGAAGCUGCUCGCUCUGAAGUACGUGUCCUCGAGGAAUUGAGUAGCAGAGGUGCCGAUGCAUAUGGAUGUGUACAAAUACUGGAUUGGUUUGAUCAUCAUGGACAUAUUUGCAUUGGGUUUGAACUACUUGGACUCAGUACCUAUGAUUUCUUAAAGGAAAACAAUUUCAUGCCUUUUCCGAUGCAUCAAAUCAAGCAUAUGGCUUAUCAGAUUUGUCAUGCCUUGAAUUUUUUGCAUCAGAACAAGCUUACCCACACAGACCUCAAACCUGAAAAUAUUCUUUUUGUGAAUUCUGACUAUCACAUAGAAUAUAACAGUAAAACGAAACAUGAUGACAGAACGGUUAUAAAUCCAGACAUCAAAGUUGUGGAUCUUGGUAGUGCAACAUUUGAUGAUGAGCAUCACAGUACUGUUGUAUCUACUAGACAUUACCGUGCUCCAGAAGUCAUCCUAGAACUAGGAUGGUCUCAUCCAUGUGAUGUCUGGAGUAUAGGAUGUAUAUUAAUUGAAUAUUAUCUUGGCUUGACGUUGUUUCAGACACAUGAUAGCCGGGAGCAUCUUGCUAUGAUGGAAAGAGUACUUGGGCCAAUUCCGGCUAGUAUGAUUAAUAGAACAAGGAAGUCCAAAUAUUUUCGUCAUGAGCGGCUAGAUUGGGAUGAACAUAGUUCUGCUGGGCGGUAUGUUAGGAAGCGCUGCAAACCUUUGAAGGAAUAUAUGACUUGCCAGAUCUCUGAACAUCAGCAACUUUUUGACUUGAUUGAAAAGAUGAUGACAUACGAACCUUCAAAAAGAAUACGACUAGAUCAAGCAUUGCAACAUCCAUUUUUUACACAUUGAGAAGGGUCAAGGCUGACAAAAUGAAGUUUUGUAUAACUUGUAAAUUUGACAUUCUUAAUAGGAAGAUGACUAGACUGUGUCAGUCUGCAUUCAUAUUGUAAAUAUUAAAAUGGAAGUGUUAUAAAAUUGUUCAUACUGUAAAGUAAAAAUUUACUAAGAUGCCAUUUUUUUGGUGUUGUCAUGUGGGCAUGUGCUGACCUGUUUUGGAACCACUGUUGCUUUACAGUACAGCAAUUCUUGGAAAGUUUGGUAAGCAUUUUCUUAAAUGGAAGGUUUUUGUAUUAAACUACCUCAUUAAUUGGUAUGUUAACAUUGUGCAAUAAAGUUGUAAUUUUUAUUCUGAUUUGGUUUGGUUGUGUUUUAAGAAAUGAU